AUGAAGGCGGCAAACCAGCUCCAGGUCCCUGUGGUCAUGGCGGCCCUUCACAUCAGCAAGCGCUGGCUCGACCGAGGUUCCCACCCACAGCUACUGGUUGUAAAAGGGGACGCAGAACAUCUCAUGGCUGUCUGGGUGGCAGAAAAGAGAGGGAAUUUGGACCCACGGCUCCCUCUGGGCACCAGUGGCCCCAUUGCUGUGGCAAAAUGCUCGACAGCAGGGGUUCGCCUGUCCUGCGGGGCAUUCCGUGUCACCGAGCAGAACAAAAAACGCACCAGCACCAUCUUCUGGCGCCUCCUCCAUCAGGGAUCAUCGGCACCUUCAGGAGAAAUUGCAGCUGGGGAACUGGUUAGCAGGAAAGGGAAGAGAGGGUUCGACCUCCACCAUCGGAAGGCCGAAGCGCUGGCCCAGAUUAGAGUCCUGGCUGAUUCCCAGCAGGGCCAUGUUACUCAUACCUACCGGCCAGGUAGCUAUCAAAAUGAGGAAUCCGUCACCACAAAAGAGGGGAUGAAUUUGAUGCAGUACCACAAAUGUGACCAGAUCGGUUGCUUGCUUGAUCCCGGCCUGACCCACGGCAACUGCUCCUUGGGGACCUUCCCAUGCAACAACGGGACCGCCUGCUUACCCCAGCAUCUACACUGCAACGGGGUGCAGGACUGCAGUGAUGGAGCUGAUGAGGACAACUGUGCCCUCAGCUGGUACCCAACCGAAUGCAUGUGCUCAGGGACUGCUGUGCGCUGUCAAAGCCAGGACCUCCUCUCGGUGCCCCAGGGUUUAUCCAACGUGACCGAGCUGUACCUCGGGUCCAACAGUAUCACGGAUCUGCAGCCCCAGGCCUUCCAGGACUUGCACAGUCUCCAGUGGCUACUUCUGGAUAACAACAAAAUAACCAAAAUCCUUCCAUCUGUUUUCGUGGGGCUCAAAUCCCUCAUAUUUCUGGGCCUUCAUAACAAUUUCCUGAGAGCUAUGCCCGCGGAUUCGAUGUGCACACAGAUGCCGAAACUGAACUGGCUGGAUCUGGAGGGAAACCAGCUCCGUGCUCUGCGACGUGAUGAUUUCCGUGGAUGCAGUGAGCUCACAGUUUUGGUUCUCAACAGGAACAAAAUUGAGUGGAUUGAGGAUGGGACGUUCUCUGCCCUUGAAAAGCUCGUGGAACUUGACUUGUCUUCCAACAAACUUAAGGAGAUUCUCCCGACGUCUUUGAGGGGCCUGCAUGCGCUACAACAGCUGAACAUUUCACACAAUCCUCUGGACCAGAUCUACCCAGAUGAAUUUGACCAUGUACCGCAUCUGCGCUCUCUGAGCUUGGAGGGCUUAGAGAUCCCAAACAUCCAGAACCGCAUGUUUGAAGAACUCACUAAUCUGUCUCACAUUUACUUCAAGAAGUUCCAGUACUGCAGCUUCGCCCCUCGCACCCGGAGUUGCAAGCCCAACACGGACGGGAUAUCCUCCUUCGAGAACCUCCUGGCCAGCCUCCUCCUCAGGGUCUUUGUCUGGGUUGUCGCCUUCGUCACUUGCUUUGGGAACCUGUUUGUCAUCUUCACUCGAUCUUUCAUUGUGAAUGAAAGCACCAAACACACCAUCGCCAUCAAGUCUCUCUGCUGUGCUGACUGCUUGAUGGGCAUCUAUCUCUUCUUUGUGGGGGCUUUUGACCUCAAGUUUUCAGGCGAGUACAACAAGCACGCCCAGGCCUGGAAGGCAAGCCUCUGGUGCCAUCUGGUGGGGUCCCUGGCCAUGCUCUCCUCUGAGGUCUCCAUCCUGCUGCUGACCUACAUGACCCUGGAGAAGUACCUGUGCAUCGUCUUCCCCUUCAGCCGCUAUGGGGCCAGCAAGAAGCGGGCGUGUUCCACCCUGGCCACCCUCUGGAUCGUCGGCUUCCUGCUCACUGUGGUGCCUUUCUCAAGCAAGGAGUUGUUCGGGAAUUACUAUGGCAGAAACGGGGUGUGCUUCCCCCUCCAUUCUGACGAGGCCGAGAGCCCAGUGGCCCGGGGAUAUUCCACAGGGAUCUUCCUGGGUCUGAACCUGGUGGCCUUUGUCAUCAUUGUGUUUGCCUACACAAGCAUGUUCUACUCCAUCCACGUCACCGCCACACGGACGGCAGAGUGCUGUGUCUUCUCCAUGGAGGUGGCCAUCGUCAAGCGCUUCUUCUUCAUUGUUUUCACCAACGCCCUCUGCUGGAUCCCCAUUUUUGUGCUGAAGCUCCUUUCCCUGAUGGAUGUAGACAUUCCAGGCACAGCGACCUCUUGGGUGGUCAUCUUUAUCUCACCCAUCAACAGCACAUUGAACCCCAUCCUCUACACCAUCACCAGCACCUCCUUCCAGGAGAAGCUGAAGCAGUUCCUUCAGAAGAAAAGGGUGUCUCUGCAGGAAACCCAAAUGAGGAGUUUUGCCUUGCUCUCUGUGCAAAGCAACUGCAGCAUCUGA